AUGGAAGACUUCUCGAGAAGCGUGAGCAGGGACUACUACUACUGCUGCUGCUGCUGUUGCUACUACUACUACUACUACUACUACUACUACUACUACUACUACUACUACUACUACUACUACUACUACUACUUCUACUACUACUACUACUACUACUACUACUACUACUACUACUACUACUACUACUACUACUACUACUACUACUACUACUACUACUACUCUGUUAACAGCGAUUUUUAA